AUGAACGGUCUAGUCCGCGGCGCCACCGCCAGUUUGAGCCGGCGGUUUGACGGUUAUGAGCCGCUGGAUCGAGUGAUGAGAAGUGCAAGCAGGCGUGAUGUUCGGCGGAGGAGAUCAAUGUCGUUUAAGCGUAAGAAAGUGGCACAUGUUCCAUUGAGAAAUAAUGAGGACAGAGCCAAGCAAAAGCGGCAGAUAUUUCUGAACUCCUACAAGUUUGAGUCACCCAAAAAAUCCCAACGCUCAAGGUGUAUGAAGCUCAACAAGGUGGCUCGUAAGGUUAAGACAGUUGUGGCGAAGCUAGUGUCGUCGUUCCUCCGAAUUGGAGUGGUGAUUAUCGCAGCCUUGGUCAUCAGCUUCAUCAUAAUUAACCCGCACGUGCCCGAGUACAAAAUUAAUGACUUCUCCGUCAAGGCAUUCAAUCUCACCCCUGAUCUCAACCUCCACGCGCAUUUCGUGAUCACGGUAAAGGCUGAGAACCCUAACAAGCAAAUCUCCAUCAUAUAUGGCAAGGGCAGCAGUGUAACCCUCUUGUACUCGGGGAUGAAGCUUUGCUCUGGGAAGGUACCAGAUUUUACUCAACCCACAAAGAACACGACCAUGAUGAAUGUAGACCUCAAAGGAGACUUGAAAGGGAGUGACUUUGGAGGCUCCUUGGGAGAGUCACUCAUGGAGAAAAUGAAGAGUGAUAGGAUCCCUUUGACUGUUGCGGUUAGGGUACCUGUAAAUGUAGCGAUGGGAAAAAUGCAUGUGUUGAAAGAUCCAAUGGGGAUUUAUGUCAACUGCUCCAUGGUCGUCAAUAAUUUGUCCCAACCAGAUAAGAAAGUAGGGAUUUCAGACAAAAAAUAUGACAUUGAUUUUUCAUAUAAGUUCAAACAUUGA